AUGCAACAGUGGUUGUCUGCCAUUCAACUCUGGCAAAGAUGGGGAGAUUCUGGUUGGAAUGGACUCGUCGCCGACCUGAUCAAUAACAAGGCUGAUAUGUGCGUUACGUCGUUGAAAUUAAACUCUGAACGUGCUCGCGACAUCGACUUUUCGUUACCGUUUCUCGAGACAGGCAUAGCUAUCAUUACCAUAAAUUCUCGCUUUGCCGCUCCUACUGGUUGGUAUGGGCAACGCUAUUUAGCGCUAGUGUUUCAACAGAAAAAUUCAAGGCGCACAGUAUGUUUAGAGCAAGUUCUGAGGAACUUUGCUAUUCACAUGAUGUAA